AUGGCCACCGCUCAGAGCAUCGAAGCGACGAAGGUCGCGCUGCGCGGCGCCGACGCCGACUCGACGCUCAUCAGCGAGGAGGGCAUCGACGUGCUCGCGGCGCACUGCGGCGCCGGCGAGGCCGUCGCGGCCUGGACGGCCAAGGCCAUGGGCGGCGGCGUGAAGUUCGAGGACGCGCUCGCAGCGCGCCUCGAGCUCAUCGAGCCGUCGCGCGCGGACGUCGAGGCCUGCCUCGCGGCGCACCCGCCGCAGGUGACGCCCGGCGCCGAGGCGCUCUGCGCGGCGCUCGCGGCGCGCGGCACCCUCGUCUACGUCGUCUCCGGCGGCUUCCGCUGCAUGAUCGAGCCGACGGCGUUGUCUUCGUUCGGCGUGCCGUCGGACCGCGUCUUCGCGAACCACAUCCUCUGGGACGAGGCCGGCAACUACGUGGGCUUCGACGAGGCCGAGCCCACGUCCCGCGACGGCGGCAAGCCCAAGGUCGUCGGCAUGCUCAAGGCCGCCGGCGCGAAGACCGUCGUCAUGGUCGGCGACGGCGCGACGGACGCGCAGGCCAAGCCGCCCGCGGACGCGUUCCUCGGCUUCGGCGGCGUCGCCGUCCGCGACGUCGUCCGCGACAGCGCCGACUGGUUCGUCACGGACUUCGCCGACGUCGUCGCCGCGCUCGACGCGCCCUAG